AUGGGGGCGUGUACCACGCGAGGUGCACUGAGCAGUACCUUUGUUUGCCGAAAACUGUGUUUUAUUGCCGGUACCGGCUGUUGUGGCAGUGCAUUUCAUCGAAUUGUGUCUGAUGAACGAGUUGUGCAGUUUUGUAGGCCAAGACGCCGUGUGCUCGCUGCCGCCGGGCCGUGUUGGCGAGCGGCUCUCUCCGAGGAACCCCCGGUGAGUCGCCGAACGUUGCUGCGGCACGGUGCUUGUGCACUUGUGACGCUUGUGGUGGCGCAGGUGCUCUCGGCACGAGUUACACUAGCAGCGGCUGCUGCAGCCGAGACGACGCAUGCAAGUGGCUCGGCUACGGAGCAGCAGGCAGCUGGUGCCCCGCUGGGCAAGGUGACUGCCACUGGGCUCCGGUACUAUGACUUUGUCGAGGGCGACGGCACCUCGCCCGACUGGGGCGAUCUCUGCGUUGUCGAGUUUGUGCUGUACAGUGUCCCGAGGCCACGCGCCGCGCCGGGAUCUUCAGCGGCGCCAGCAAUAAGGUUGCGACCGUGGUACUCUACCGGAGGCCGUGGAUACUUGAUCAAACACGGUGAUGGUCGGACGAUUGCUGGAAUCGAAGAAGCGAUUCACACUAUGCGAGAGCAUGGACGACGUCGAGUCAUUGUGCCUCCUCGUCUUGCCUACGUGCACGCUGACCUCGGACCAGUACCGGACCGGACUUGGACACGCUUGCGCUUGGCGAAGAAAUUGGAGGAGGGCGAGCUAUUGGUUUUCGACCUGGAGCUUCGAAAAGUCAUGAAGGAUCCCAAAGAUCGCGGAUAUUAUAAGGACAUCAUUGUCCGCGAUGGUAUGCAACUGCCAUCCCUAGCCGAUAACGAAUAA